AGGAGGCAGGAAGUUGGGGUUGGACGUGGGCUGGGUGCUGAGAAGGCAAAUUGAGGCAGCGACAAGGCCCCAGGAGCCUCAUCCAUCCUCUGGGUGGUGAUGGGGCCGCUGGACCAGAAGGACCAUGUGAACCAGGCUCAGUGAACAUAUCAGGCAGGAGCCCACCAUAGGCAGGGACCAUGGGCUGCUCCUGCAGCUCCAGCCUCGAUGAGGACUGGAUGGAAAAUAUCGACGUGUGUGAACGAUGCCACUACCCUAUCGUCCCAUUGGAUGCCAAGGGCACGCUCCCAAUGAGGAAUGGUUCUGAUGUACGGGAUCCCUUGGUCACCUAUGAGGGUUUAAACCCACCUGUGUCUCCGUUACAAGAUAACCUGGUCAUCGCCCUGCACAGUUAUAAGCCCUCCCAUGAUGGGGACCUGGGCUUUGAGAAGGGGGAGCAGCUGAGGAUUCUGGAACAGAAUGGAGAAUGGUGGAAGGCACAGUCCUUGACCACUGGCCAGGAGGGCUACAUUCCCUUCAACUUUGUGGCCAAAGCAAACAGCCUGGAGCCUGAGCCUUGGUUUUUCAAGGACCUGAGCCGGAAGGAUGCUGAGAGACAACUUUUGGCCCCUGGAAAUACCCACGGAUCCUUCCUGAUCAGAGAGAGCGAGACCACUGCAGGCUCCUUCUCUCUGUCUGUGCGGGACUUUGACCAGAACCAGGGGGAGGUGGUGAAACAUUACAAGAUCCGCAACCUGGACAAUGGCGGCUUCUACAUUUCCCCCCGAAUCACCUUUCCUAAUCUGCAUGAGUUGGUCCAGCAUUAUUCCAAAGUCUCAGAUGGGCUAUGCACUCGACUGAGCCGGCCCUGCCAGACCCAAAAGCCACAGAAGCCCUGGUGGGAAGACGAGUGGGAGGUUCCAAGAGAGACACUGAAGCUGGUCGAGAGGCUGGGAGCUGGCCAGUUUGGGGAGGUUUGGAUGGGGUACUACAAUGGGCAUACCAAGGUAGCUGUGAAAAGCCUGAAAGCGGGCAGCAUGUCUCCUGAUGCCUUCCUGGCCGAGGCCAACCUGAUGAAACAGUUGCAGCACCAGCGGCUGGUACGCCUUUAUGCCGUGGUCACACAGGAGCCCAUCUACAUCAUCACUGAGUACAUGGAGAAUGGAAGCCUGGUAGACUUCCUCAAAACCACAACUGGAGUCAAACUAACCAUCCACAAAUUGCUGGAUAUGGCUGCACAGAUUGCCGAGGGCAUGGCCUUCAUUGAAGAGCGCAAUUACAUUCACCGGGACCUUCGGGCAGCCAACAUUCUGGUAUCAGACACACUGAACUGUAAGAUUGCUGACUUUGGGUUGGCCCGGCUAAUUGAGGACAAUGAAUACACGGCCAGGGAAGGAGCAAAAUUUCCCAUCAAGUGGACAGCUCCUGAGGCCAUCAACUAUGGGACAUUUACCAUUAAGUCAGAUGUCUGGUCUUUUGGCAUCCUGCUCACAGAAAUCGUCACCUAUGGGAGGAUCCCCUACCCAGGAAUGACCAACCCUGAGGUGAUUCAGAAUCUGGAGCAGGGCUAUCGAAUGGUGAGGCCUGACAACUGCCCAGAAGAGCUAUACAAACUGAUGAUGCUGUGCUGGAAGGAGAGGCCUGAGGAACGGCCCACCUUUGACUACCUGAGGAGUGUCUUAGAAGACUUCUUCACUGCCACUGAGGGCCAGUACCAGCCCCAGCCAUGACCUUCCUACUUCAGCCUCUCCCAUCCCAGUCCCUGGCCCACCCCCAAAUUUCAUCCUCUCCUCCUAAACGGCUCCACUCAGAUUGAGGCAGGGAAGAAUCUGACAGAAGACAGGGGGCAUCCUGCCUGAGGCUACACUCUCCCAUCCGGAUGGAGGCAUGGGGCUCCAAUAUCUCAGGCAACAUGCUUGUGACUCCCUAACCUGCCAGGGCAGGAAGACAGCAGAAGACUUGGCUUUGGACUCGUCCUUUGUGUGCCCUACCCCUAAUGUUUGGUCUCCCAGACUGAUCUCUCCACCUCCAUCCUCUCCCUGGUUUCCCAGGGCCAGAAGAGAAGCUUGGACUUUGCCUCAGCCUUUUGAUUCUUGUUUAUGUGUUCACCUAGACUGGACUCACUGUCUCAGUUCCCACAAAAUUCACAUUCUUAGCAGCCUUUUGAGGGUAGGGAUUGUUCUUCUCCAUUUCUGUAUCUCUCUCAGGCCUUGUCCUGCACAUAGAUGUCCAAUAAAUGUUAGCUAAGAA